CCGAUUAUUCGCUUCAGUUUCCGAUCGUUUAACUCGACAAUCGUUCGUCCCUAUUCGCCUAAACUCUAACCGAACCAUUUUAAUAAGAAUCAAUUCUCUCUCGACUCGCACGAAGCUUUAAAUCUUGAAAUCGAAAAGAAACCGUUGCUCGAUAUCAUGAAACGUGGAGUUCCUUACGAUUCUUGGACAUUUUUCCAAUCUUUGUUAAUUAUAAAAGUAGUUCUCGGUGUCGAGAAGCAUUGGCUUCCAAAUUUAGAAUGGGAAACGGCUGAAAAUUGGAUUGGGAAACGGAUACCGGAAUUAGACAGUUACGUGACAUUUCCUUUGGAUAUGAGACACGCAGUGGGAAUUGGAAAAUCGAUCGACUUAAGGCUGUCUGGAAUCGAUUUACCUAGAUCUGGAUCUUUGGUCUUGCCCAGCAAUGGAAAAUUACAGUUUAGCGAAGCAGGAAAAUCAGCAAAGAAAAUCAGCCAGUGGUCAAGGUCGGGUCACCUAUUCUGGGCUGACCCUCAAAAUUGGGGCGGAAGUUCAAUAGCAGCGCCGCAUCUCGAGCAAGUACCAUGUCGCCAAGAUAAUAUCGUACUUCCUAGAAAGAAUCAAACCUUCAGCGUACUUUUGCCAAUGAAGAAUAUCGAAGUGAAAUCGGUGAGAAUGAUGGACGAAAAGCAACCCUAUAAAGCGUGGCAAUGGGCAGACAUGGUUCACAGUAGAGAGUUCGAGAAAGGAAUAUUCACAGUAAAAUACGUGGGCUAUAGUUGCAAGGAGUGUCCCUGCCAAGACGAUCCAAAUGGUUACUAUCUCGAAGAAAUUUGUGCUAUUGAAAGACCAAAGUGUGGAUUCACGCCCUGUGAAUAUCCCAUAUGGGUGGAAGGUCACUGCUGUCGAUACUGUGGCGGUCGACUGUCUUUAACAAACAAAGUACCUCUAUCAAUGGUUCAAGUAUUAACAGACGAGGCUUUAGAAAGAUACGCUGAAAGGCUCGCUUGGCACGUAAGACCUACCUGGAACGGAGCUAUCGAGGUUUUGAUAAAGAAGAAGCUCGACUAUUCGGAAAUCGAUAUCUUGGAAGCUACAGAAGACGCAAAGAGAGCGUUGCAAAGUAUGAAAAUCGAAGUUUUCUCUACAGAAGUAACUGGCUCUGCCGUGCAAGAUAAUCGUAUGGCUAUUACAUUGGUUCCCUUUUUGGGAAUGCCAAUGAUCGUCCUUCUUCUUCUGUUCCUCUUCUUUUUAUACUUUGGCUACUCUUACAGGCAUUUCCUGCUGGGCUUCUCGGAGAUCUUUUCUUCGAUAAGGGAUGGAAUUCGAGUGGACAAAACGCAGGGUAGCAAACCGUUCGGUUUUGCUCGAUUUGAAAAUAGUGCAGAGAGUAACGUUCAAAUUGCCAACGUCGCCAACGAACCAAAUCUCGAAGAUAACGAAGCGGAUGGAAACGAUCCUUCUUCCGGUGGAAGAUUCGAAAAUCCUCUGUACAGAUCGAGAAGAAAAGGGCGCAAGGAGGACGAGGAGGUUUUAAAUAUGGAAGCUCCUCUCAGUUUAUCGACUCUUAAGCGUAAAGUGGAUAAUCAAAUUGAAGAAGCGGAUCUUGACACCGAUCAAUAAAACGAUAAAAAUUCUCUUGCCUUUCUCUUUUGGUGGAAAUUACAGCAUUUCACCGCAUAAAGUUAUAUUAUUUGAAUUCAAAUACAAAGCAACUUUUAUUACGUUGUAAUAUAAAAAUGAUUCGCUGUAUGAUCAUUCUUUUUCAAUAAACGUUAUAACCAUUGUGAA